CGUACAGUUGGAAUAUCACCGUAUGACGUCAGUUUCUUUCUCGAUCAUCGAGCUCCAGGUGGGCGGGUGUCGACGGUCGGACGUCACUGACGACGGCGCUGUCAUUCAGUAUACUAUUUCAGAUUGUAAUGGAAGGUAUGGAAGCUUUUACGCCAAGGCAGCUGUUUCCUCAGAGAGAGAGAACAGUCGAAAGCUGCUUGCUGGUUUGAAGUACAAGAAAGAGACUGUGAAGGUGAAGGGAGGCCUGCAAGCAUCAGCCACCGGUAGUAAUGGCGGGAGCUUUCAGGGUUGGGAGUUGAGGAGGGUUCCCUCUGGUCCAGACCCGUUGCACCAUAACGGGGGUAACCCAACAAAACCUAGAACUCCUUGAAGUACUACUGAAAGUGAAAGCUCAUUUCAAGUAGUAGAUCAUGAUCUGAGGCUCGCCUUGAAUGGAGCUAGAUUUACUUUUUGCUUGGCUGGCUA